GUGUGCCAUUGAUAACGCAGCACAGAGGCGGUAUGACGACGCUGUUGAAGAGGUUUUCCAGCUCGCUGCUCAAGCCCAAGAAGCAGCUGAAGCUCAAGACAAAGAAGCACAGCUCUCAUCAACGUGUUGAUGGAGUUGUGGGCGGCGCGAGCCAGCCAGCACGGACCAGAUUUGCACCAUCUCCCACUGGGUUUCUACACCUGGGGUCGCUUAGAACAGCUCUGUACAACUACCUUCUCGCUAAGAACACAGGAGGCCAGUUUCUGCUGAGACUGGAGGACACUGACCAGAAGCGCCUGGUGCCGGAAGCCGAGCAGUCUCUGUACGAUUCCUUGAAAUGGUGUGGGCUUCAGUGGGACGAAGGUCCUCUUAUCGGCGGUCCCAUGGAGCCUUAUAGACAGAGUGACCGUACAGAGAUCUACAAGAGCCAUAUUGGACAGCUGCUAGAGUCUGGACACGCAUACCGUUGUUUUUGCUCGAAGGAGAGGUUGAACAAGUUAAGAGAGUCUGCUCAGAAGCUCCAGCCUCCGACGACGGUGUCGUACGAUAGGUUCUGCUCACACAUUUCGAGGGAAGAAUCAGAUAGAAGAGCACAGAGCGAAGAGUUCACGAUACGGUUCAAGUCGCCCGAGCGGUACCCUCCUUUCACAGACUUGCUUCACGGCAAGAUUGACCUCCAGCCACAGGUGAACAAAGAUGACGUUAGAUACGAUGAUCCUGUGCUGGUGAAGUCCGAUGGCCUACCAACGUACCAUUUUGCCAACGUUGUUGACGACCACCACAUGAAUAUCACACACGUCAUCCGCGGUGAGGAAUGGCUGCCUUCUACUCCAAAGCAUAUUGCAAUGUAUAAGGCUUUUGGCUGGGAAGCUCCAAAGGUCAUACAUAUCCCAUUGUUGACUACUGCUGGUGACAAGAAGUUGAGUAAAAGAUCUGGUGAUACAGACAUCAGAAGCUAUAAAGCCAGAGGCAUAUUGCCAGAGGCAUUGGUGAACUUUGUUGCUCUUUUCGGCUGGUCACCCCGCUCACACAAUGGAAACGAAUCUCAUUCUGAGAUCUAUUCGUUGAGCCAACUCUCAGAUAUGUUUAACGUUGAUGAUCUGACUAGGGGUAACGCCAAAGUUGACGAUAAAAAGCUCAUGUUUUUUAACAAGCACUACUUGGAAGAGAGAAUUAGCAGAGAUGAUCAAGAAGUAUUACAGAGUGCACACGAGUUUCUCAAACCAUAUGGAGCAUCUUUUGAGACCUCAACAAAGAUAGCCAAAUUGGUUGUGCAUAAUUUACACACUAUAAACGAAAUUGUAAACUAUUCAUACUUGAUUAAAGAGUGUGACUUACAGAGUGAAACUGCCCAAAGAUAUAUCAAAUCAACAGAUUUGAGCCAGCUGAAAAAGAUCUUGAUGGAAUUCCAAUCGACAACUGAGUUGACAAAGGAUUUGAGCAGAGUUGAAGACAGCUUACAAUCUCAAGGAUUAAAGAAGAGUGAAAUCUUCAAGGCCUUGAGAUUUGGACUUAUAGGAAGCGUUCCAGGUCUAAAGAUCCCAUUGCUCGUCAAUUGGUUUGGCGAUGAAGAGUGCCACAAGAGGUUGCAAAAGGCUAUUGAACUCGUUGGUUCCAUGUAAAUAUCUCACACGUAUAUGCUGUAAAUAGGAUUAUUAGCUAGAGACCGCUUACUUCUAGAAAUAUACAAUACAUUUGACUUGAGAA